CUGCAAUCUGCGAUUGCUGUUGAUUGUUGUUGCGCUAUGUUGCGCUGCUCACACUGUUUAUAGUUGUAUACAUUAUGCCAGAAGUAUCCAGAGCAAUCCAGAAGUGAAGGAAGAAAUAUAUUCUAUUAUUGUAGGAAAAAAUAUUGCAAACAUGUCUAUGCGACCUGAUGAUCACCGAAGAAAAUGGAAUCGCGAGGAAUAUGAACGGAUCGCUCUUCAGAGACUUCAAGAUGAGAUUGCGGAGGAGGAAUUAGGAAUACCUAAACAACCAGCAGUUAAAAGAGAAUUGUUGAAACAAAGAGAUUAUAAAGUUGACCUUGAAUCUAAACUAGGAAAGAGUGUUGUCAUCAAUAAAAAUACCCCAUCAUCACAAACUGGAGGGUAUUACUGCAAUGUUUGUGACUGUGUUGUUAAAGAUUCAAUUAACUUUUUGGAUCACAUCAAUGGGACAAAACAUCAGCGUAAUUUGGGUAUGUCUAUGAAGAUAGAACGAUCUACAUUGGACCAAGUUAAAGCAAGAUUUGCAUAUAAUAAAAAAAAACUUGAAGAAAAAAAGAAAGAUUAUGAUUUGGAACAAAGAGUAAAGGAACUGAAAGAAGAGGAAGAAAAAAUUAAAGAAUAUAGAAAAGAAAAGCGAAAGGAUAAGAAAAGAAAAAUUGAGGAAAUGUCCGAAGAUGAUGCAGGACCUUCUGAUGAGAUGGCCGCGAUCAUGGGAUUCUCUGGUUUUGGCUCGAAAAAAAAGUAACAAACCACUGUCGAACAUUCAUAAAUACGAUAGAAAUAUUAUCAUACGUUGUCAGAUUAAGAAGUGUUUGAGAAUUUCAAUUUUCCUAUCGCAAUCAAUCUAUUUGUAUCUGUUCCAACUAAUGUAAAUUUCUUGAAUGUGUAAGAAAUGUGUUAUAUAGCAUUAAACCAAGACUGACGAAAACUCCUAGUUAAGUUAAAAAAAUUUUAUGCAUCUUGUAUAACAAACAGUCAACAUGAUUAUACAAUAAAAUAAAAACCACCAGAAUAU